AUGAGCCCCCCUCUCGCUGUCAUCUUUGGUGCUGGGCCCGGCACCGGCGCCGCCAUCGCCCGCGCACUGGCGCCGACGCACGCGCUCGUCCUGCUCUCGCGCUCCCUCCCGGGAUCCCUGGCCAAGCUUGAGCUCAAGGUACCCGACGACCGCGUCCUGGCCGCGACGUUUGACGCCAAAAACUCGGCCGCGUCGUUCAAGAGCGCGCUCGAGCAGGCGCGCGCCAAGUGGCCCGAGUCGACCGUCGACGUCGGCGUGUGUAACGCGUCGGUCGGGUUCGCGCCGGGCCCCUUCCUCGAGCGCUCGACUGACGAUUUGCGGGGUAACCUCGAGGCGUGCGCGCAGGCAUGGGACUUUUCCCAGGCCGUCAUCCCCGCCAUGCUGCCCGCGGGCGGCACGCUCAUCUUCACGGGCGCGACCAUGGCCGUGCGCGGUGGGGCCAACUUUAGCGCCAUGGCCCCCGGCGCGUUUGCGCGGCGCGCACUGGCGCAGUCGCUCGCGCGCGAGUUUGGCCCCCAGGGAAUCCAUGUCUGCCAUGUGGUGGUGGACGGCCUCAUUGACACGGCGCGCGUCAAGGGUAUCAUGGGCGAUAAGGCGGCCACCGUCGAGGAAGGGACGAGGCUCGAGCCAGACGGGAUCGCGCAGGUGUAUGUCGACAUUGUCAACCAGCCGCGCUCGACGUGGACCCAGGAGCUGGAUGUUCGUCCUAUGAAGGAGAAGUGGUGA